CUUGAAGGGGAAGCUGGACGAAUACAUCAAGAGGUUCCCACAGGUCAGGAUCAUGCGCACUAGGAAGAGAGAGGGUCUUAUAAGAGCCCGGAUGUUGGGAGCAGCCGCUGCUAGUGGAAAGGUCCUGACGUUUCUGGACUCCCAUAUCGAGUGUAACGUGGGCUGGCUGGAGCCGCUCCUGGACAGGAUCAGACAGAACAGAACCAACGUCGUCUGUCCCGUCAUCGACGCCAUAGACGACAGGACAUUCGCGUACCUAGAAGCUCAGACUCUGCGUGGAGGCAUGGACUGGAAGGAGUUGAAAUUCGAGUGGAGAUCUAUCCCCUCGUUCCAAUCCCUGGGGAGGAAGGACCCAAGUUGGCCGAUCAUAUCUCCUACCAUGGCCGGCGGAUUGUUCUCUAUAGAGAGGGACUACUUUUACGAGCUUGGGGCGUACGACCCGGAACUAUUUAUCUGGGGAGGCGAGAACAUAGAAAUCUCUUUCAAGAUCUGGAUGUGUGGCGGCCGGCUCGAGAUUUUGCCGUGUUCUCGCGUGGGUCACGUGUUCCGAAAGAGCCAACCGUACAUCUUUCCUGGCGGUGCUUUUGAGGUAUUCAGUCACAACACCCGAAGAGUCGCCGAGGUCUGGCUGGAAGACAGGUACAAGAAGGUUUUCUACGCUCUGAUGCCGGAGGCCUUACACAUCGACUACGGGAACAUCACUGAACAGCUGGAGUUCCGAAGUAAGUGUCGUCCCUUUAAGUGGUACUUGGAGAACAUCUAUCCUGACCUUGGAGUGCCGCAAAUUAACCUACAGGCAGUCGGAGAGAUCCGGAACCUGGGUCAGCAGGACGUGUGUGUGGACACGUUAGGCGGCGCACAUCUGGGCCUGUGGCCCUGUCACGGGCAGGGGGAGCAUCAGAGUUUUAGCUUGGACAAAAGCGGGGUGCUGAAGUCCGGUUCGCUGUGUGUUAUACUGGAGGAGGGGAGGGACGGGGAGGUUCUGUCUGUCGGGCUCUGCAAAAAGGAGAACGCCAUCAAGUUCCAGCAUCAGGAGAACAAGGAGCUGAGAGAACUAGGAGACGGGUCCUUAACCGGACGCUGUCUGGAUAUCACAUUUGGUGCUGGCGUACAAAAGUUCCUCAAACUGAACCCUUGCAACGGUGGCAAGUUCCAACAGUGGAAAUUCGGCCUGUACCUGUGAGGACCUCUAGCUGUAGCUAAUCGUUUGCUGACUAGAACAUUGGUUUAGAUGGGCAUUGAUAGAAUUGAUAAAAAUGACAUUCGGAUGCAAAGUGAAUUUUUUAUUCAUUUAUUUCUCUAAACAGUAUCGAAGUCGAAGUUUCCUAUAAGAGGCUUAUACUUCAUUCAAAUGAAUCACUUCUGUACCUUUACCUGUACCUGUACAUGUAACGUUAACUGUAACUGCACAGUGGUAGGAGGAACAUGUAUCUGUCCCUGUACCUGUAUAUGUAACUGCACAGUGGCAGGAGGGACACUUACUUGUGCCUGUACGUUCUAGCU